CUUCCAGCCAUCCAUCCAGACAUUUUUUGUUUUGUUUUUGUUUAAAAGUUUUAAAUAUAGAAAAAAAGUUUUGAAUUUGAAAAAAAAUUAUCUUUAUUUGCGGACAACAGCAACAGUAAAAUCGCAUAUAUAACGUGUAUUUGGAAACAGAAAAAGAUCCUUCCCAUUUUUGCAAAACAACAAACGAAGAAGCAGCCAAAUUUUUGUUUUCAACACAAGCGCAAGCUGAAUCCCGAAUUGGCGUUUUUCAUCGUCAUCAUAACCAUACUCCAACGGCGUAUUUUCUGUUGUUUGUUUGUUUGUUGAUGAGUGUUAUAUAUGAAUAUUCUGUAUGUUCCAAGAAAGUGAAUUCAACAAGAGAAAUUCAGUGCUGUCUGUGUGUUUGGUUUGGUGUAUUUCAACACAAAGUGGCUGCUCAAUUGAAAAUUGCAGAAUUCCGAAAAACAAAAAUUAUUAUUUUAUUAUCCGACCAGACUCGACAGAAUCUCUUUCAAAUGACAAAUUGAUUGUGGUGGCAGACAGGGGGUUAAAAAAAAGAAUUAAAUUUUUGCCCCGUUUAUUUUUUUUGUCUCGAAAAACUCAAAUGGUUGUUUUGCUGCUCGGUCUGUGUUAUUUGCUACACUAAACAUAUAUUCUAAAAACGAAAUGACAUUUGAUAAUUGAAUCAAACUGAAAAUAAAUUCACCAGAUUUUAAAAUUAACACUUGAUUCGUCGUAAAAAAUUGAUUGAAAAAAAAGAAUAUGGCCGAUUCAUCCGAAGGUCAAAUGGAUGGUGUAUCAUCAUCAUCAUCAAUGUUAGCAUCACCAAUAGCUACAAGUCGUUCAUCAUCAUCAUUUAUGACACCAUCACCACCACCACCAAAUAUAAUAUCACCAUCACCAUCAUCAUCAAUAGUUGUUGUUGGUUCAAAUCCAUCAAUGGAUCGUUUAGAACAAGAAAAUCGUGUAUUAAAAAUUGAAAUCGAUACACUUAAAUUACGUAUAAAAAGUUUAAUUGAAGAAAAUAAAACAUUACGUCGUGCAUCAGUAUCAAUACAGGCUAAAGCUGAACAAGAAGAAGAAUAUAUUUCAAAUACCUUAUUGAAACGUAUACAAACAUUAAAAAAAGAAAAAGAAACAUUAGCACUUAAUUAUGAACAUGAAGAAGAAUGUUUAACAAAUGAUUUAUCAAGAAAAUUGAAUCAAUUACGUGCUGAAAAGGUACAAUUGGAACAUACAUUGGAACAAGAACAAGAAGCAUUAGUUAAUAAAUUGAUGAGAAAAAUUGAAAAAUUAGAAAAUGAAACAAUCCGGAAACAGAAUAAUCUGGAACAAUUACGUAGAGAAAAAAUUGAAUUAGAAAAUACAUUGGAACAAGAACAAGAAGCAUUGGUUAAUAAAUUAUGGAAACGUAUGGAUAAAUUGGAAAAUGAAAAACGUGAUUUAUAUGAUAAACUUGAAACAUUUAGUGCGGCUAGUGGUUGUUCAUCAAAUGAAAAUUCCAAUCAAUCAUCAUCAUCAUCAUCGGUACAGGUUAUGACACCGGCACAAUCACCUGGACCACCAUCAUCACAACAACAACAACCGAUGAGUCCAAUGAACAGUGGUGGUGGUGGUGGUGGUGGCAAUAGCGGUGGACAAUCAAUACCAAUUUGUUCACUUGGUUCGAAUAAUAAUUCAUCAUCAUUAAUGAAUCAUUCAUCAAUGAAUGAACGUAGUUGUAUGUGUGAUCCUCAUCAAUUAAGUAAUCAUGUAAAAUCAUUACGUAGUGAAGUAAUGAAAUUACGUAAUCGACUUCAAAUAGCCGAAAAAGAACAUAAUGAAAAAAUGUCUUUAUUGGAAAAAGAAGAACGUGAACAAAGAGAACAAAAUGUUCGUUUACAACGAAAAUUACAAAUGGAAAUUGAAAGACGUGAACGUUUAUGUCGACAUUUAAGUGAAUCUGAAUCAUCAUUAGAGAUUGAUUUUGAUGAUCGUCAUGUUUCAAAUGAUUAUAUUUUACCAACACCAAGUACAUCAUCGAAUGGUGGGGGUGGUGGUGCUCGACAACGAACAUUAUCAUCACCAGUACCAAUGAAUGUUGCAAUGUCACCACAGGCUAAAGCACCACCACCAACACCAUUAGCAAUUUCAUCACCAAUCAGUCAUGAACAAUUAAUGCCACGUCCAAUUAGUCCUAUUAGUCGUCAUAAAACUGUUUGCUGUCCAAAAUGUGGACAUUCAUUUUUAGCAUCAAUUGGAUCAUAUACUAAUUUGUUUGCAAAUAGUAAUAUAACAACUGGAAGCCAACAACAUUCAUCACCGAUGAAUAUAUUUUCGCAGCCAAAUUUUGUUAACCAUCAACAACAUCAUCAUCAUCAUCAUCAUCAUAAUCAGUCAACAACAACAACAGCCCAACAUCAAUCAUUACUUCGUUCGGCUACAUCAAGUGAAAAUGUUACUACUCAGGAUUCAAAUAAUAACAAUAAUAAUAAUAGCAGCAGCGACAACAAAAGUGAAAAUGUUCAAAUGGAUUCUGAUUGAUAAUUUUUUUUUUGGAAUUUACAUUGAAGAUUAAUGAA